AUGCUAUUUUGGAACACACUACGGAAACAACCGCCAACAAGUUAUACUUGUUGGAUUUGCCUAGAAGAAGAAGUAAUAACAGAUAAUGAUAUUAAAUUUAAGUGGAUCAAACACUCGUGUGGUUGCAAUUUGGAAAUACAUAAAAUUUGUUAUUUAAAAUAUUUGAACAAUAUGAUGGAAAAAUCUUACAUAGAGGAAAUACAUUUUGAUGGAGAUGUUAGAGGUCCAAAUAUCACAAUAUAUGAUUUGAAUAGAAUACAUCUAUUUGAUUUUGUGGAUACCAAUAAGAAACUUUCUCAAGAUUCAAAUACCUUGCUAGAUAUUUUACCAAAGUCUGUUAGGCGCUUAAUAUCUAUAUAUUUGCAGAUGAUAAAGUUACCAUUCUUAUUAUUGGGACCUAAUCCCUUUGAAGGUUUAUUAAGUGAAACAUUCCAAGAUAAUGUACACACCUUAACAAACAUUCCUUCAAAAAAAUGUCCUCAGUGUAAGAGAAAUUUUAUCCCCUCGAACACUAAAUAUUUGAGGGGCUCAUCUACCAUUCUAUCUAUUUACUUUAAAAUCCAAAAAGUAAUUCAACAUUUAAUUCCACUGGGGCUAGGGAUAUCAGUUUUAACUAAUCCAUCUAAAUUACUUUUGAAACUGGGUCUAUAUCAAUUAAGGACGCUCUUUCCAGAGUCAAUAUUGAGAACUAUCCUAAAUAUCAGUUCGACUAAGGCACUAGAUGUAUAUACCGAAACGUUUAAUGGUAUACACAGUAUAUCAAAAUUUAAUAAGUUUUUGAUAAUGGGAUUUCCAUGUUAUCUUCUAAGUUUAGUGAAAAAUCAAAGUUCAAUGUUCGAAUUUUCGGGAUUAGUACUAGAUGACUUCGAAUUAAUGUAUCCAUUCUUAUUCAUGUUACAUCUUCGAUCUUACGAAGAUGCCUCGAUCUCUACAAUUUCAUUAAUAUCCAACUGUGUCCUAUUUUCCAAAAUAACGCUAUACAUAUAUAGAGGUAUCAUAAAACCCUACUACAAGAAAAGGUUUUAUAAUAAGUGGCUAUCACAAAACAAUGUUACACCACAAGCAUAUUUCAAAGAACAUUUACAACCAACGAACAAAGAUUUUGGCGACCCAUCGGUUGGGAUAACUGCCCGUUUAAUUUUCGAUUACUAUUGCAGUCUGACUACAUAUUGUGAUGAGCUGGCAAGAGCUUCUGUAAUUUGGCCAACAAUAUCUAAAUACUUUUCCAAUACCAUUCUUGAUAAAUUAGCACCAUCAUUAAAUAUCCUACCAGUUAGUUGGUUGAAAUACACUUCCCCUGAUGAAAUAAAAAUGUGUUUGAAUUUUACAAGUUAUGGAAUUGUUGGGUCUUUCUAUUUUCUAUUCAAGGGCUGGUUGGCAAAACAAAGAAUAUCUGAAAUCGGUAAAUUGAAUAAACUUGUCGAUAGAGUCAUCGAGGACUCUGAUGAUACAGAUACAUCUCUUUAA